ACAAUCAAAUUUGGGGGGUGGGAGAGAAGGCAGAGUACAGCAACAGCAUCGUCUCAGCCAGGACAUCCAUGGGCAUUGGCAUGAAUCAAGGAAGAGAACACAGAAGCUUGUCCUCCUAAGAUACAAGAAUGUCUGAGACAACUCCCCAGAGGCACAGGGCUCCAGUGAUUAUUGGAGGAUGCAAAUCACGGCAUCCUAAAAUGUUCCACCUGGAAGGAAUGAGAGGUCAUCGAUUUCAGCCCUUCCUUGUGACAGAUGAAGACAAUGAAGUACAAAAUGGGGGGAUUACUUGUUCAAAGACACACUGUUAUUUGCUAGCCAAGCGAGGCCUGGGAUCUCACCCUCCACUCCGUUAUUCUUUCCAUUGUACAAUGAUGCCUCGAAUGACAGUGCUAAGACAAUCCAAGUUUCCAAGCAUUUCAGGACCACGGAUCUCUUCCUCUGCCAUGAAUACUUUUCCUGAUAUUACAUCCUCUCGCGCAACCAGCUUACCAGACAUCUCAAAGACUCCUGGACCUGGUGAGGUGCCCACCCCUGCUCAGGUCCUGCCACCCCAGUACCAAUGCAGUGCUCUCCGGCAUGGGGUACAUAACACGGUGUUCUCAGCAGACUGUGCCUUGGGGGACACACCAAGCACUGAACAGCUGAGGCGGAAUUGUACCAUCUACCGGCCCUGGUUCUCCCCUUAUAGCUACUUUGUGUGCACAGAUAAAGAAAGUCACUUGGACACCUACAGCUUCCCAGAGGUACAACGGGAUGAGGGCAGGGAGGGCAGGGGGGACACUGGCCAGCCUGAGGAUAUGGCCGAGAGCAUCUGCUCUUCCUCCUCCUCCCUGGAGAACGCCUGUCCCCGGGAAACCACCAAGAAACCCAGACCCGGCCUGGACUCCAAGGACUACAUCACAUCCCAAGACAUCCUGACAGCUUCCAAGUGGCACCCCGCCCAGCAGAACGGCUACAAAUGUGUGGCGUGCUGCCGCAUGUACCCCACGCUGCACUCACUGAAAAGUCACAUCAAAGGGGGGUUCAAGGAAGGCUUCAGCUGCAAGGUGUACUACCGAAAACUCAAAACUCUCUGGGGAAAGGAGCAGAAGGCACGGCCAGGGGACAGGGUCUCCACCAGCAGCUGCCAGACUUUCAAGUAGACUUACAGCAGCCCAUUAGAUCAGACCAAAGGAAAAUACAGGGGGUUAAAAACUAUGUUAUGUCUAAAGAAGUGAGAAUAAAUCAAAGUAUUAGUCACAA